AUGUCAGGCCAGGAUUAUAUGGCUGCUUUGCGCAGUAAAAUUCUAGCAGAAGUGACUGGAAAGAGUACGUCAAAAGCUUUGGAGAAUACUAGCGAUGGGCAGAAAAAUUCAGAACCGUUGCCACAUGAGCGUAAAGAAGACAAGGUAGCCAGAAAUACUGAUGUUAAUGUUACAGGUGGAAAAGGACAAAAUAAUGUGAAAUCAGUACAUCAAAAUCCCGGAGGACCUCAAAGGGCGUCACCAAGUCCGUCUCGUUCUAACCGCAACAACAAUCACUCAAUAACUGAUACAAGGCGUGGACCGUCGCAUGCGGACUAUGCGAAUCAGAGAAAGCAGGAUUCGAGAAGAGGUCCGGCUCCGCCAGUGAAUCAGCAUACCUCUAGAUAUGGAAAAAGUCCCAGACAGGAUAACAGGGAAAGGCAAAGUCGAUUCCAGAGAAAUGAUUCAUCAAUAUCUAAACCGGCAUUCAACAGUGACAACAGCUUCCAGCAGAACAGAGGGCAUGAAGUGCGCAACGGUAGGUUUGACAACAAAAAUAGAUGGUCUGAUGCAAGUAAUGCCUCUCAUUCGCGGAAUACCAACUUACAGGUCAAAAACAAUCAAGCAGAUGAUUCAGAAGGCCAUAACUUUCGUAAACCUACAGAGUGGAAGAAAGAUCUGUCUCAUAACACACGUGGACGUUUCGAACCUAACAAAAACAGGUUUGGGCAUGCUCAAGCGGAAAGGUAUAGGACAAAAACCCCCAACCCAUCAGCGAGCUGGUCAUCGGAGGAUGCAGUUAUAAAUGGAAAUGCUACUGGUAGAAGCGUUAUCCCGCCUUACGAGACUAUUUUAAAAAAUGUCACAAAUGUCAGACUGAAUAGGACCCUAAUUGUCACACCAAUGAUUCCCGGUUUUGAAGAGCAUGUAUCGGUCGUGGCUAUAAUCAAAGAAUUCAUAGGUGAUGUCGACUGCGAUCUGGACACAAAAAAUGAGGUUACAAGCAGCAUAAUAGAAAAGAACAGAAUAGUCAUGGAGUUUAAUAAAGAAAGCCUCGUGACCAUAGUACUAACGUGCCAGAAGUACUUAGAAUCAAAGAUCAGCAGUCAGUUUAUCUGGUCACGUCCCAAUGGAUGUGUCAACGACACGGGAAACGUGCAACCGAUAAAUCAUGGAUCAGUGCUUUCGUUGUUAAAACUUGGCCCCGAAUGUGAAGACGAAGAAAGUACUAAGCAAUGGUUAAUUGAUGAACAAGUCGAAUACAGUUGGUUACAGCUAAUGAAAUUAAAAGGGAGUGACGAGAGAACUUCAUGGAUUAAAGCGUUAUUAUAUGAACCCAAAGCAGAAGAUCAAAAGAAGCUUCCAAUGACCAUCAGACCAAACCAGAGCAGUAUGCAGCAGAAUUUCAAAUCAAUCACAUAUGAAAACUUCCCACACCUGGUUAAAAAGUACGAGAAAAAGCCUAGUAAGGUUGUAUGUGUAUUGAAUAGCGUUGAUCCAAUGGAUUUGAAGAAUGAAAAAUUUGUCACUGAGAUCAAGGAAGCUAUGAUGUAUGGCACGCCAAUUCAAAGUUGUGGUGAAGUGGAGUCAGUCCAAAUCCCCUUACCUAACCCAGACUACCGUAAUGAUAUGAGUCACAUUCAUUCUUCCAUUGGGAAGGUGUUUAUUAAGUUCAGGGAUUUAGUUGGUGCUGAAAAGGCAAUGCUGGUGUUACCUGGGUCACAGUUCUGCCAAAGAACCAUUCUAUGUAGUUACUAUAGCGAGACGGAUUAUGAUAUGGGUAUUUUAUAG